UCGUCGAGAUAAAUCGAUAAAUGAAUGUUUCCAACUGAAAUUCAGUGAAUUGCGCCAACUUCUCAUUUAAUCGGUAAAAAUCUGUCAUGGCAACGGGCGAGAUAAAAAAAGAAAUAAUUACACCGGUAUUUCACACCUAUCCCCUCUGCAAAACGUCGGAUAUGCCCGAGGAAAUGCACCAGGAAGUCCUGGAGGUGUGUGUCACUGCCACUGAAAAAUUCUCUGACAAUUACGAGCUCGCGGCGAAAAUGAUCAAAGACGACCUGGACAAGAAGUUCGGAGCACCUUUCCAGGUGAUCGUCGGUUCCUGAGGUGUGCCGAUUUUUUCACUUCACCCGAUCGUCCAGUUGCGGUUUAUGCGGCGUC